AUUAUGGUUCCUCUGGAUGUGCCCGCCUUUGUCGUGGCCUGGACUGCUCUUUAUGUACAUUUCGAUGCUAUUAGCUAUAUCCCCCCUGACUAUAUUAUCUAUCCUCCAUUCUCGCCCCCUCUUUUGGCGCUGCAAGACCAGGUCAAUAUACAUCCUGUAGCCCUCAAGCUCUUGUCACAGAUUCCACACCCUGCAUCUUAUAACCACUCUAACAGUUUUGAGAUCCUCACGCGGACCCAUGAAUGGAUUGCAUUUGAAGCUAAUACCGAGGGUGGGACCAUCGAGUCUUGUGAUCCCAAUCAUGCAAGGCUAAAGAAGACUCUCACCGACGUGUUUGGGUGGCCACAUGCUUUUAGGAAGGAUGAUUGGAUCAGAGAGAGAGAGGGCUUGUUGUAUCUGUCAGAAGACGAAUUAGAGUUGUGA